AUGUCGUUCAUCAAGACAAUAUUUCCCGCUACAAAACGGCGAAAGACGGACUCGAAUAUGUUCGUACAGCCGCAACCUCCUGGCGAACGAAAUGGACAACAACCAAGAGCAGCAGGAGGAGUGGGACCACCGACCCCUCGAGACUCAGUCACUUCCGUUGUGACAAAAAGUCCCGUAUUCGAGUCAUUUUGUACCACUCGUGAACGGGAGCUUCGUCCUGACAUGCUUCGAAUGGUACUUAUUGAAGCUGAACAACGUGUCCUAUUCGAUACAGCUUCCGUAGUACCAAUUGGUUGUAGAAUUCUUCCACCAAAUGCUCAACUUUCAGCUUGUAAAAAAUUUCAGAUCAACGAUUGCUUAUUAGCCGCGUGUUUGCUAUCCCACGAAUUAGCUCAAGAGAUGCGGGCAAAUGCCGAGUCACUGGAAUCGUCGGACUCGGAAUCCCAGUCUCAAUACAUUACGAUUCGUUCGAUGGACAGUAUGAACGGUAUAAAUCACAGUAAACCCGGAUGUAUCUCGUCCACUGCACCACCGGAAGCAUUCAAACGCGUACGUAAUACCAGCCUGCAUUUGGACGAUGAUGCGGACGAGAUUCGUCCGUUUUCUCCACCAACUGCAGCGAGAUUGUCUCGUGACCGCCGUCUGCAGAUGUCACACAAGACGAGUUUGUGUGAGCAAUGUAUGUUUUUUGUUCUUCGGCAUCGAGCCAAAGGGUAUUUGUCUGAGACUUAG